AGUGGGGUAAUCGUCUUCCUCUUUGGAGAGAACUUCGCCUGCCUGCCUAUGCAUUGGAUUUGAUUAUAUUUGUGUUUCGGUCCUCGGUAUGGACUCUCAAAAAGAGGCCCUACAGAGAAUAAUAACCACGUUGGCCAAUAAAAAUGAGGAGCUCCAUAACUUUAUGGAAACACUUAGUCACUCUCUGGCUGGUGUCCAGGUGAACUCCCCACAGGCAGUGUCCGACCUGGAGGAGGAGUUUGACAGGUUAUUCACCAUCCUGGUUGAGAUGAAGGAGAGUAUGAUCAACACCAUCAAACAGGAAGGGGCCAAGAAGACACAGGAACUGCAGCAUCAACUGACACAGAGCGGCAGUGCCUUGAAGAGUGCAGUGGAGCUGCUGCAGUUUGCUAACAAUGCUCUGGAUAUUAAAGACGAGGAUGAGUUCACUAAGGCUGCCAAGCAGAUCAAAGAUAGGGUAACAAUGGCACCAGCCUUCAGACUGACCAUGAAGCCCAAGGCCACAGACAACAUGGACCAUCUCAUGGUGGACUUCAACCAGGAACGGCAACUCCUCCAGAACCUCAAGUUUCUGCCUGUCCCUCGAGCCCCAGAGAUGGAGGUAGGGGACUGUCUGGUGUUAGACAACACUGUGUCUGUAGCCUGGAAGAUGCCAGUGGAGGACAGCAAGAUAGACCACUACAUACUGGAGUACAGAAAGACCGACCACGAAGGACUGCCACGCAUCAAAGACGAACGGUGCUGGGAGGUGGUGGACAACAUCAAGACCACAGAAUACUCACUGUCCGGUUUAAAGUUUGACUCCAAGUUCAUGAACUUCCGGGUACGAGCUUGCAACAAGGCAGCAGCUGGAGAAUACUCUGAUCCAGUUACCCUGGAAACCAGAGCGUUUAACUUCGGUUUCGACUCGUCGUCGUCCCAUCUGAACCUGAAGGUAGAGGACAGGAGUGUGGAGUGGGACCCCCAGGGAGGCAAGGGGCUGGAGAGCAAGGUCAAGGGCAAGGAGAACAAGGGCAGCGCUCAUCUUUCCAAUCUGAAGAACAUGUCAAGAAGUGGAACUCCGUCUCCCAAGAGGACGUCAACGACACGGUCUCCUGCCAUCAGAGGAGGCAGAGACCGGUUCACUGGAGAGUCCUACACCGUGCUAGGUGAUACCAGUAUGGACUGUGGUCAACACUACUGGGAGGUGAAAGCCCUUAAAGACUGUAAGUCCUACAGUGUUGGGGUCUCCUACAGGAACCUGGGAAAGUUUGACCAGCUGGGUAAGACCAACACUACCUGGUGUAUCCACAUCAACAAUUGGCUACAGCCCUCCUUCGCUGCCAAGCACAACAACAAGGCCAAGAGCCUGGACGGCACCGCGCCUGGACGCAUCGGGGUCUUCUGUGACCUGGACUCAGGACAACUGUCCUUCUACAACGCUGAAACCAAGCAGUUGAUCCACACGUUCAAGGCUAAGUUUAGCCAACCUGUAGUACCAGCCUUCAUGGUAUGGGGUGGAGGACUGAGCCUCAGUACAGGCAUGCAAGUCCCCAGUGCAGUCAAGAGUUUCCAGAAGACUGAGAACGGCCUGGGAGGAUCCAACAGCAGCCUCAACAGCAUGGCCCAGUAGCUCACACACUCACGGGCUACAUCUGGAACAGCACCCUGUUCUCUACUCAGUGCACUACUGUUGCUCUAUGCGGGCUCUGGUCUAAAGUAGUGCACUAUAUAGGGAAUAGGGUUCCAUAGGGCUCUGGUCUAAAGUAGUGCACUAUAUAGGGAAUAGGGUUCUAUAGGGCUCUGGUCUAAAGUAGUGCACUAUAUAGGGAAUAGGGUUCCAUAGGGCUCUGGUCUAAAGUAGUGCACUAUAUAGGGAAUAGGGUUCCAUAGGGCUCUGGUCUAAAGUAGUGCACUAUAUAGGGAAUAGGGUUCUAUAGGGCUCUGGUCUAAAGUAGUGCACUAUAUAGGGAAUAGGGUUCCAUAGGGCUCUGGUCUAAAGUAGUGCACUAUAUAGGGAAUAGGGUUCCAUAGGGCUCUGGUCUAAAGUAGUGCACUUUGUAGGGAAUAGGGUUCCAUUUCGGACGCAACCAAUGAUGAACUGAACUCGCUCCUCUGACUUCCUGCUUUCUGUGCAAGUACAACCCCUUCCUGUUUCUGAUCUGUCAGUCAACCCGAGCUGCCCGCUUCUUCAGAUGCACUGCGAGACAUGAGAAACGCUGGGCAUUGGAGGAACAAAACCAGCCUCGCCUUCACUCCUCUCGUAGUUUAACCAAGCCGCUCCAGAGGGUAUCAUCACGCAUCAGGGCUCUCCAAGCCUGUUCCUGGAGAGCUACCGUCCUGUAGGUUUCCACUGACCCUAACCUAGCAUACCUGAUUCUAAUAAUAAUAGCUGAUUGAUAAGCUGAAUCAUGGGUUGGAGCAAACCUACAGGGAGGGGGGGUGGCUCUUCAGGAACAACCAAUAACCCAGCUGCAGCAUUAAGGGUUAGUGGAACCCUCUUUACCAUGUUCCAAAUCGCUUAGGGUUUGAAUAUUAAAUUAAGAUUCUCAUUCUGGAUCAGAAAUGCUAGACGUUUAAUCAGGAUUCUCAUUCUGGAUCAGGAAUGCUAGACGUUAAAUUACGAUUCUCAUUCUGGAUCAGAAAUGCUAGACGUUUAAUCAGGAUUCUCAUUCUGGAUCAGGAAUGCUAGACGUUAAAUUACGAUUCUCAUUCUGGAUCAGGAAUGCUAGACGUUAAAUUACGAUUCUCAUUCUGGAUCAGGAAUGCUGGACGUUAAAUUACGAUUCUCAUUCUGGAUCAGGAAUGCUGGACGUUAAAUUACGAUUCUCAUUCUGGAUCAGGAAUGCUGGACGUUAAAUUACGAUUCUCAUUCUGGAUCAGGAAUGCUAGACGUUAAAUUAC